GCCGCGCAUCAUUGCUUUGCGCCGACGGACGCAAACCUGGUUUUCCCUCUUGCGCGUAUCGAUGGAUCCGAUCGUCCUAGAAAGCAGCGCUGGUGAGAUCGGCACUCAACAGCAACAACAACAGCAGCAUCAACACCAACACCAACAUCAACAUCAGCACCAACAUCAUCACCCUCAUCAACAACAGCAACAACAACAGCAACAACAACAACAGCAACAGCAAUAUGGCGAGGUGAACCAAUUGGGUGGGGUGUUUGUGAACGGUAGACCAUUACCAAACGCAGUACGUUUGAGAAUAGUCGAGUUAGCACAAUUGGGGAUCAGGCCGUGCGACAUUUCACGACAGUUACGUGUCAGUCAUGGAUGCGUCAGUAAAAUCCUUGCACGUUACCACGAAACCGGAAGUAUAUUGCCUGGUGCGAUCGGUGGUAGCAAGCCACGUGUCACCACACCGAAAGUCGUGCAAUAUAUAAAGCAACUAAAACUUAAGGACCCUGGUAUAUUUGCUUGGGAAAUAAGAGACCGUUUAUUGUCCGACGGUGUCUGCGACAAAUAUAACGUGCCAUCGGUUUCAAGCAUAUCGAGGAUAUUACGCAACAAAGUUGGUGCUACCACGACGAUGCAUCAUCAUCCACAUCAUCCGGCCCAUCAUCAUCAUCAUCUUUAUGCGGCCGCUGCGGCUGCCGCUGGUGCCGCACUUUGUCCUGUUCCGUAUCCACCAGCACCGUAUCACGCUACACCCUCGCCAACCCAUCAUCAUCAUCAUCACCAUCAAGGCAACAGUCUCAUCUCUUUCUUCCGUCCUGAUAGAAGCGCGGCCUAUUCAUAUACGAAACGAACCUCCUACCAAUUUGGUACCGCUGCGUUUCCAGUUGGUACGUCAACGGCGGUCAAGCUGUCCACGUCAUCGUCAGCGUCCUUGAUAUACAACAGCGGUGAGAUCCAAGCAAUAGCAGCUACAACCGCAACGUUGACAACACUAUCAACAAUAGUAACAACAACUGCAGCGACGACAACGACGACGACGACUACGACAGCAACGAUGGCGGUAGCGGCAGCUGCAGCAACAGCUGGUAUUCUUCAGUGGCCAAGUCCUCAUACUGUCCAGGAUAUUUUAUCAAAUGGCACGUCAACCAAUAAUUUUUCUUUACUUGAUUCACCUCAUUGCACAAGCAUUCUUUUCAACAAUAACAAUAAUCACAUUACCAACAACAACAACAAUGUAAACUACCACGAUCUUUCCCUUCGUCAUCAUCAUCAUCAUCAUCAUCAACGGCUACAUAAUCAAUUGCAUCAUCGACAUAACAAUGACGGUACCUCAACUAGUAGUAACAGCAAUGCUAUUAAUAACGACGACAGCAAUAACGGUAGUAGUAAUGCCAGUUGCGAUAGCCUCUGCAAUAAUAAUAAUAAUAAUAAUAAUAAUGCCAGAGAAACAAUACCGAGUGGAUACCAAAGUAUCUCUUAUCAAGCACAUCAUCAUCAUCAUCACUAUCAUCACCAUCACCAUCAACAACAGCAGUAUUACGCUUCCGCGCUUUACCACCAUCAUCACCAUCAUCAUCAUCAUCCGGAUAACUUGAGACCGCAUGCGACCGGCUCACCCGUUCUCUCGUCGGUACUCUCGGUCCAACCAAUAAUGAUGCAAUUAUCGAGUGGUCAAUCUGCCAGUCCGUGUAAUUAAAACCCGGUCAAUAAAUGACAUCUCAUAUGUUCAUCAUUGAUCGAUCGUUUGUUCGUCCAAUUAUUAUUCAAUUAAAACAAUCUGGAGUUGUGUGAAUUAAACAAGAUUUUGUGAAAAGAAAGAAAAACAAAACAGUGCCUUUCGUAAAUUCGAUUCUAUGACUCGUAAUCGAACAAAUUAACGAACUCAAUUUGAAAGUACACUAUAAGUAUCCUAAAUACCAAAGACUAUUUCUAUCUUUUUCUUUCAUGCUAUCUUCCUUCCUACCAAAUUAUUUGCGUAAACGAACGGAGUGAUA